AUGCUUCCAGACAAAGCUUCGGCUUUCUUGCUGGCUUCAGUUCCCUUGCUGGCUAACGCAAACCUCUUGCAACCCAUCGGAUAUAUCCCAAGCGACGCUCAAAUCCGGCUAUCACCACCCAAGUCUUUGUUUUCUUGGCAGGAUACGCCCGCGAACGAAUCUCUGGUCUACCAUGAAUGCUUCGGUGCCUUCCAUUGUGCCAAGCUUCAGGUCCCUCUCGACUGGAAUGCGGAAGAAGGGACGGAUAAUCGUACUGUAGAGAUCGCUUUGAUCAAGGUUCCCGCAACUGUCCCAGUGACCGAUAGCAGAUACGGCGGUGCUGUGGUCCUCAACCCUGGCGGUCCCGGUGGCUCGGGUGUGAACUUGGUUCUCAAAGAGGGCAAGCACACGCAAACCAUAGUCAGUGCAGGACCGGAUGCCGACAACGAUACAGCGAGGUACUUCGACAUCAUCAGUUUCGACCCCCGUGGCGUUAACAAUACCCGACCCAAUCUCCAAUGCUUCCCAGACUUCAUCGAGCGUCUGGCUUUCGAGAAGGAAAUGUUGGCAUACGGCGCUCCUGGCAGCAGCAAUACAGCAUUCACCAACCUGUGGACUCUCGUGCGUACUCUGGCUGAUUCAUGCUCGAAGAAAGCCAUUGAAUCAGGUAUUGGUGAACAUAUGUCGACCACUACCGUGGCAAGAGACAUUGUAGAAAUCUUCGAGAGACAUGGUCAAUGGAGAGAGCAAGAAGCCAAAAGGCUUACAAACUCUAAGUCGGUAAAGGACCUGCCCAAUCAUGUCAAAUACCGGCCUGGUGAAGAGAUGAUUCAGUAUUGGGGCUUCAGUUAUGGCACCGUCCUGGGUGCCACACUGGCGGACAUGUACCCUGAUCUGGUCAAGCGAGUCAUUUUGGACGGUGUCGUUGACUCCUUUGACUACUAUGAAGGUGGAUGGACCACUAAUUUGCAAGAUACCGACAUGGAGAUUGCCAAGUUUGCCGAGUAUUGUUGGAUGGGUGGGCCUGAUAACUGCGCACUUUACGACAAAGAUGGGCCUGCCUUCAUUGCUCAACGAUUCUCUGAAAUCACGCAAAAGCUCAUGCAUAGCCCCAUCGGUGUGCCGGGCACAGAUGAGUACGGUGCCGAUCUGGCAACUUACACAGAUCUCAAGAUGCAGUUUUGGUCCACCGCUUACAGACCUCUCAGGAAGUUCCAUGCACUUGCAGAAACCAUGGCACAGCUCGAGAAGGGCAACGGUACUGCUCUAGUACAAGCCAGACGAGGAAUGAGUUCCCAACUCAAACUCGGUCUUCCUGAGCAAUGCGCAAAAGACGGACCAUACUCCGACGCUUGCAAUCCACUCUAUGACGGAGAAAGUUCUAGCCUGAUCUCUGCUGCAGUGCUAUGCAGUGAUGCCAAAUCCCAAAUCGACAUGACGAAGGAGGAGUUCUGGGAUUAUGUACAGGACUUGAUGAAACAGAGCAAGAUGAUGGGAGAUGUGUGGACGACGAUCAGAAUGCAUUGCACACAGUGGCAUGCUCGACCCAAAUGGCCGUACACCGGCCAUCUCAACGCUACAACUCACCACCCUAUCCUGUUCAUCGGAAACACGGUCGACAACGUCACACCCAUCCGUAAUGCUCACAAGAUGUCCGAAGGUUUCCAUGGUUCUGUCGUUCUGCACCAAGACACGGAAGGACAUUGUUCUUCUUCUGGUGUCAGUUUCUGUACUGCUAGAGCCAUUAGAACCUACUUCCAGACUGGCGAAUUGCCCAAGAAGGGUACAGUCUGUUCUCCAGAGAGACUGCCGCUUGAUGGUUAUAGUGAAGAAGAUGAACCUGCUUUACCAGAAGGUGAGACAGACAAGGCACUUUGGGAGGCCAUGGUUGGUGUCAACAAGUGA